AUGAGAUUCACGCUCGCUGCCAUCACCGCCCUCCUGGUCACUUAUACUCAGGCCUGCUCGCAUAAUGGCAUAGCCGCAGGAACAGGCGCCUGUACCGGAUCCAAACCGCACUCCACGACAUCAACCAAGUCCGCCAACGCUAGCACAUCGUACUGGUUCAACGCUCCAGUCUACACCACCGAAGUCGUAACGGGCUUCACGACUUUCUGUCUUUCGUCUACGACGAUCAAGAUUAACAACACCACGAUUACGGUUCACAAGCCGACCACCCUGACGGUCAUGGAAGGUCCUUGUACUAUCACUAAGCCCGUCACUACAACCACGAGCUCUUCGAACUGCACGACCAAGCCCAGUUCCAAGUCUAACUCUGUACCGAUAUGGACAAACACUACUCUGCCAGUCAGCAGCACGAUGUCCAGCAAGCUCAAUUCGGUCAACUGCUCGACUUCCACGGCACCAUCAGUCAUCACUUCCAGCAAGAAUUGCACGACGUACACAAAAAUGAUCGUCACACCCAGCACCACCAUCACAGGCUUCGUCAACACGACCAUCACGUUUGGUGGCUCCACAUCUACCGGCUCCGAGCAAAUCAACGGCACGACUCCUGUCAUCGUUCUUCCACCAACAACCACAGCUACUAUCACGCUGAAGCACAAGUCCACGGCUUAUGUCACGUACGACACUACCGUCACGGCUCCCAUCUCUAGCUCGCAAGUGACGAUCAUCCCGCCACCAGCUAUCGUUACGCCGCAGACUUCCACUACAGUCAUGCAUGGCAAGACGACUACAUACGUGACCGAGGCCGUGACGGAAACGGAGGCCGCCGGAGCUCCUUCAGCACCAGUCGUUGCUCCAUCCAUGCCAUCGAUUCCAUCUGUCCCCGCCGUGGCGCCCUCUCCGCCAGCCCCAGCUCCCUCUCUGCCAGCCCCAGCUCCCUCUCUGCCAGCCCCAGCUCCCUCAAUGCCAGCUGCUCCUUCGGUACCAGCUGCUGCGCCAGCCAUGCCGGCCCCCGUAUCGCCCGCACCACCAAAGGGUACCACACCUGCACCUCCCGCUCCAUACAACGGUGCUGCAAGCAGCUUCUCUGCUGCGCAGAGCUAUAUUGCCAUGGCCGUUGUUUUAGUUGCUGGUAUCAUGGAGCUUUAA